UUCAACAUCAGAUCUGAUGCAUGUGACCUGUUAAUCCACAGCACUUUUCCACACCCUGGGGAGAAAAAUGUGUCCAAGCUGCAGAGACACAAAUAGCAACAUCUUCAAAACCUGUAUAUACUGGAAGAAAGUAGAGAGAGAGAACGAGAGCGAUAGAGAGAGAGAGGUGUUUUAAACUCGCAGGCUAUUGGACUCUGAUUUGACCUCCGUGAUGGACUUCAGGAGGACGCAUGAAGCUUUCCGGGAACGCUGGGAGAAGACGGAUGACAAAAUGUGCAAAAACAGCAUGUCCUUUCACCUGCACAAUACGCUCAGGCAGGAGUUUUUCGCCAGCUACCUUUUCAUGCUGGAGCAGAUACCUCUGGUGAAACUUUAUGCGGUGACCUGUGAGUACAUCAUGGGAGAGAAGCAGUUCUACUACAGGGCCCAGAAUUUUUAUAAAAACGUCCCGGCAUCAGAGGAGGGCAUGAUGGGAAGUUUUGUGGAGAUCUCAGAGGUGGACCUUGAGGGCUCCAGACAGUUCCUGAAGAAGUUUGUGGGACCAGGGAAGGCCGAUACCAAGCGAGCCCUUGAUUGCGGCUGUGGGAUUGGCCGCGUGUCCAAAGGGGUCCUGUUUCCUGUAUUUGAAAGCAUGGAGAUGCUGGACAUGAUGGAGGACUUCAUUCUCCAUGCCCAUGAGUGUUACUUGGGGGACUACGCUGACCGCGUGGAGACCUACUACCUCGACAACCUACAGGAUUUCACGCCUCCACUCGAUAGAUAUGAUGUCAUCUGGAUGCAGUGGGUAGCUUGUCACCUGACAGAUAAAGAUCUCCUGGAGUUCCUGAGGCGAGCAAAAGAGAGCCUGAGACCCAACGGGGUCAUCAUUAUAAAGGAUAACAUGGCACGGCAGGGCUGCAGACUGGACCCUGUAGACAGCAGCCUGAUCCGUCAUCUGGACAUCAUGAAGAGCAUUAUCCUGAAGGCUGGCCUCUCCAUCCUGGACGUGCAGAAGCAGGAGGGUUUCCCUGAAAUCAUUGUGCCGGUGUGGAUGAUCGCUAUGCAGUGACAUGGCAGUGUGUCGGUAUUUCAGGGAAAACACUGCAGGGUUUUGAUAGUUUUCAGUAAUCAGUAUCUGUGGACUUUCACAUGAAAGUUUUAUUUUUAAAUGAGUUUUGUGUGAAUUGCUCUUAAUUAGCGAAACCUUAUACCUGUAUAUGAGACAUCAAACAUCGGGUCAUCUGAUGACCCUAUAAAUUAUUUAAUUCCAUUUAUUAUAAUUACAGACACAGUCAUUUCUAUUCAAUCAUUUUAAUUCAACUCAGCAAACCCGAUAAGACGUCCAUUUCGCUCCAAAGCAGUUAACAUUCCUGUGUGAGUAAACUGUGAAUAUGGAAACAAACCAGUUUCAGCCUGAGAUGUCGUUAAUAAAUGCUGAAGGCUGUCUUGGCCAUUUUCUUUCCCAUGUCUAUUUAGGAUGCAAUAUUUCUAAACCCUUGUCACAGUGAAUAACCCAUUAUCUAUCACUGAAAAUAUGCUUCAUUUAAAAGAAAUGAUUAAAUCAAUAAACAAUGGCAGACUCGUAAUAGAUGAGUUUAAAAUAUUCAGAAUGAUGUCACUUUAUUUACUGCAGACUGUCUCGUGGUCAGUAUGUGUUCAUUAGUUACAGGUCAUACUGAAAUAUUUGUUCAUUUAUCAAAACAC